ACUCCGGUCGUUUCCACUGUGGAGACCUUCACGGUCGGAGAGCCGUUUCUCUGUUCACACACAGCCGAACCUUUCGGUUCCCACGAAAUCCCGAAAUCCCCCGAUAACGCCGACCUUCCCUUCCGCGGAGAGGAAACCGCCGGUCUGAGCAGCGGCGGGGAGUCCGACUUCAACAGCCAUGAACCCCGAAUAUGACUACCUGUUCAAACUGCUGCUGAUUGGAGACUCUGGGGUUGGGAAAUCCUGCCUUCUCCUCCGUUUUGCAGACGACACGUACACCGAGAGCUACAUCAGCACAAUCGGCGUCGACUUCAAAAUCAGAACAAUAGAGCUGGAUGGCAAGACCAUCAAACUACAGAUUUGGGACACUGCAGGUCAGGAGAGAUUUCGCACCAUCACGUCCAGCUACUACAGAGGAGCCCACGGAAUCAUCGUCGUUUAUGAUGUCACAGACCAGGAGUCCUUUAACAAUGUGAAGCAGUGGCUGCAGGAGAUAGACCGCUAUGCCAGUGAGAACGUCAACAAGCUUCUGGUGGGGAACAAGUGUGACCUGACCACCAAGAAAGUGGUGGACUACACGACAGCAAAGGAGUUUGCAGACUCUCUAGGAAUUCCGUUCCUGGAGGCCAGUGCGAAAAAUGCCACUAAUGUGGAGCAGGCCUUCAUGACCAUGGCGGCGGAGAUUAAAAAGAGGAUGGGGACAGGGGCCAAUGCCGGCGGCUCUGAGAAAUCUAACGUCAAAAUCCAGAGCACGCCUGUGAAAACCUCCACUGGGGGUUGCUGCUGAGACCUUACGACUGCACCCAAACAAACAAACGGCUGAGAUGUUCCCUACUACCAUAUGCCUAAGCAGAAGGACAAGGAAGGAAAAGAGGAGUGUGUGUGUGCGUGUGUGUGUGUUUGUGUUUGUAUGUGUGUACGUACCUUAUGGAGAGGGUGACAGUGUGAGCUUUGAAGGGUUAUAAACUAAACAUUGCCUAAUGUAUCAUGCAUGCACGAAGCUGCAUGGCCAGACUAAACGUUUCCAACAGUCUUGAGCUUCAAAUUCAGUAAAUAGACAGUUACGCCACCCAUGUUAAAUAGGUCUAUGAGUUCCUCCAGAUUGUGAGAAGCUACCAAGAAGCCCAACUGACGUAGGUAGAUCCUUCGAAACGAACGGAGAAAAGACUCGUGGAGCAGCGCCGACCAUCUACGCUGCUACAGCUGGGCAUGGAGAGCAGAAUGCAGUGAUGUCAUAAUGGCGGGAUUCCGUGAUGUCAUAAUGGAGCCAUUAUUUCUCGUUGCUACGACGACAUCUCUUUGUUUUCUCUCCUUGCAGCUGCUGUGGUGUCUCAUUCAGAAGGUUGGAUUUCUGGUUUUGGUUGUUCUUGGUUUGUUUGUGUGCGCGUGAGUGUGUGUGUGUGUUUGUUUUAUUUUUUUUGUGGGGGGGGGGGGGUUCCUCAUGGUCAGUGUAUGGGAGGCCUUUAUGUUCUGUCCUCUGGAUUGUGUAGAAAUGUUUCCCAGUCCCAUUCCUGGACCCCUACACUGCAGAGUAGUGUCAUUUCAUUACUCAAAGACCUUGCCGAUUAACUUGCGAGACCAUGGAAAACAGUGGGUGUCUCAUAAAUUAAUAUUCUUCUGUUAGCUAGCACUUUUUAAACCUAAUCUCCAUCUGCCACAUCUGUAGCAUAUGGUCAGUUACCACACACAGUAAUUUCAGUGUAAAAAAUAAAAUGGUUUAAUCAGAUUUCACUAGUAAGAGACGCCACUAGCGACAAAUUAUACUGAUUCGCUGCCAAGUUUACAAAUACAUUUGACACAAGAUCUUCAGAAAUGCAUGAACAUGUAUUCGUACCAUCCAGCAGCUGCCAAUAUGAGUCUGUACUUUUUUUUUUUUUUUAAGUAUAGGGUAAUGUGUUGAAGUAAUUGUCUAUUGUAACUGACCAUACACUACAGAUCCUGCAGGCAAAAAUUAGACUGAAAAAAAACCAAAUGCCAGAGCACUCUUCUACUGGACAAUCCUCACUUUCAGCACAGAAGUGUCCCUAGCUCUUCUCUUAGUGGACAGGCUUAAGUUAUCUGGCUAACUGAGAUCCUGCUUUGUGAGAUGCACUCCAAGCUGGGAAACGUUUUCAACACGGUCCACUUGACCACCCUGGCUGAUCCAGACAGUUGUCCAGCUCUCCGCACACCUGCUCUAGAUGUGAUUUACCUGAUUAAAAGGGAAACACGGUCUAUAUGGGCAGAGAGUUGGGCAGUAAAUGUGGAUUAGCCGUAGGGACCUUAUGGUUGGGUUGGAAACAUCCAACGUCCACUGUACAGCAGUAAUGCCUCCAAUGAAACCUUUUAUCCAUUCAGCUAUUUCUCUGUAAACAACACUCCUCAAAACUCAAAGCUUGUAUGUCUGAAGUCCUUCAUAUGCAUCCGCCUUAUCUUGGGGAGUUUAGUGAUGUGAGCACAAAGCCAUAACGUGGAUUUCGCUCACUGAUGGUGGUAAAUUAGUUUCUUCAUGGACCUGCCUUACAUACUGUACUUCAUACAUUAUGGUGCAGAUGUCAUCUUCCCAAAUGAAGUUUGUCUGUAUUGUUCAAUAAAACCUUUCAAGGGAUGCUAAAGUUUU